UCCGACGCCCAUUUACGGCUUUACACAUGCCCGAGAUCAACACCAAGAACGGAACGGCUGAGGUGCUAGUGAUGUAAUAGUCGGCCGCCCUAAGUCCGGGAAUUGUCCAAUGACACUCGGAUCUUUGCGACAGUUGAGUUUAUUCCGUUUGCCAUGAUGCGCUGGACUUUCCUUAUCGGAGACCGGAGUUAGCCAAUCGCCAAUUGCACUCUUAGCAAGAUAUGAUGCAUCGCUAGUGUAGGUGCUCUUUGAGGUUUGGUCGUUGAGGGAGGGGCUGUUGUAUAUAAGUUGAUGCUUUCUCCUCGUUGAGAGUUUCAUAGCAUCUCAAUCUCAUCGAUCAAUUAACAAGACUCGAUUAAAAGUCAAUUAAACACCAAUCAUGUCUUCUCUUCCCCAGACUUACAAGGCUUGCGUCCUCGACAAAGCCAACGCAUCAUGGACUCUCAGUGACGUCCCCCUCAAACACCCCUCCAAAGGCCAAAUCCUCGCCAAGGUCCUCGCCUGCGGCGUCUGCUUCUCUGACGUCGCCACUGGCGCUGGCCACAUGGGCGAUGUCUUCCCCCGUGUCCCAGGCCAUGAGAUCAUUGGCGACGUGGUCGAAGUCGGCGAAGGCGUUGAGAGCUUCAAGAACGGCGACCGCGUUGGUGGACCCUGGCACGGAGGCCAUGACCGAACUUGCCGACAGUGCCAGCGCGCCCAAUUCCAAAUGUGCGAUAACAAGGCAAUUAACGGUGUCAGCCAGGAUGGUGGGUUUGCCGAGUAUGUGCUCUUGAGAGCGGAGGCUGUUGUUCGUGUCCCGAAGGAGUUGGAUCCUGCUGAGGCAGCUCCUCUUCUCUGCGCUGGUGUCACUGUCUUUAAUGGCAUCCGAAAGUUGCAUGUUGAGCAGGGAAACCUCGUUGCGAUUCAGGGUCUCGGUGGUCUUGGUCAUCUUGCUGUUCAAUACGCCAACAAGAUGGGCUAUGAAGUCGCUGUUCUCUCAUCAGGCGAUGAUAAGGCAGACUUUGCCAAGCAACUCGGUGCCCAUCACUAUAUUAACACCAAGAAGAGCGACCCAGCUGAAGAACUUACCAAGCUUGGUGGUGCCGCCAUCAUUGUGCAAACAGCACCCAACCCCAAGGCUGUGGCACCACUCGUCAAUGGUCUCGCUGCUGAGGGCAAGCUACUUAGUCUUGCGCCUGUUGGGCCAGCAGAGAUUGAUACGGUGCCGCUGGUCUUGAAGGGUGCGAGUGUUGUUGGUUGGCCUAGUGGUCAUGCACUUGAUAGCGAGGAGGCUCUUCGAUUCUCCAUGAUUCACGGAGUGAAGUGUAUGAUUGAGAAGUAUCCUUUGGAUAAGGUACAGGAUGCGGUAGAGAGUCUUCAAGCUGGAAAGCCUCGGUUCAGGAACGUCUUGGUUAUGCAGUAGAAUGUUAGAAGUGUCUGGGUUGGCUGUACAGUUGGUUGUAAAAAUGAGCGAUGGUGUUGACGGUUGUGGGGCAGUUUAGACGACGACGAAGUUAUAUACGAUUGAGAUGAAUGAGAAACGAUGUCAAACAACUUGGCCACAAGACGCAAUUGAGUAUCCAGC